AUGGACGCACAUAAAACGACGAGUAGUAGUAGUAGUAGUAGUAAUGAUGAUAUUACUCCCCCUUUCCCUUCUACAACUCCAGAAUACCAUAAUGAAAAGGCAGAUCAAGCCAAUUAUGUGUUUGAAAAGAUGAAUGUAGUCGAACAAGCAGAAUACGAAACUUCUUCCGCUGAAGAGACAAAACCAACCUUUUAUUCAAGAUUUAGAAAAUAUAUUCACAUUGCAUGCUGGCUCAUUUUAACUGGUUUCUUAUGCGCUGCCUACGCAUUACAGAUUCCUAAAGGAUACAAUCAAGAAUUAUUGGUCCUCGGUCUUAUUUAUUUAUAUAUCACAUUAUUCUUAUUCUUUUGCUACGUCCCUACCACCAUCAUCACCAAUCCAUGGAACUUUGUCGUCGGCUCCAUAUCCGAUGUUAUAUGUAAACGAUUCAGUCACCGCGUUCGUACUAUUGCUUGGGCAAUUAUCGUCACCGUUGUCAUCGUCAUCACUGUAUUUUCCUUCCCAGAAAAAGAAGAAUCACCAAGAUUGAGAAGAUUAAUUGCUCUUGUUGGUUUCUUUGUGUUCAUAUUUGGAACUUACAUUACUUCCGCGCAUCGUAAGGCCGUUCAAUGGAACACAAUCACGACUGCAAUCUUUAUGCAAUUUGUGUUGGCCUUGUUCGUGUUUAGAUGUAGCGUAGGCCAUGACAUUUUCCAAUGGUUGUCAACCUUUGCCGAGAGUUACCUGCACUACUCUUGGUUUGGUUCUGAUUUUGUGUUUGGUGACACAGCCGCAAAUUCAGGUGUCUUUGCUCUUACUGUCUUUCCUGCCAUUAUUUUCUUUGCCUCCACCGUGCAAAUGCUCUACUAUGUAGGCGCUGUUCAAUGGAUCAUCAAGAAAUUAUCCGUCAUCUUUGUUACUCUUUUAGACGUCUCAGGAGCCGAAUCCAUUGUUACUAUUGCCGCUCCUUUCCUUGGUUCUUGUGAAAACGCUUUGCUCAUUGAACCCCUGAUCAAGGAUUUGACCAAAUCUGAAAUUCACAUGGUCCUUACCUGUGGUUUUGCCACCAUCUCCGGCUCCGUCUUGUAUGGUUAUAUGGCUAUGGGUGUAUCUGGCGAAGCUCUAUUGACUUCCUGUAUCAUGUCUAUUCCCUGUUCUAUCGCGGUCUCAAAGCUCAGGUACCCCGAAACCGAAGAAUCUAUUGCCAAGCACAUGAAAGUCAUACCUACUUAUUCCGCUGGUGGCGAAACCACCAACAUCCUUCACGCAGCUGGUAAAGGUGCCAAGGUUGGUAUUGAGAUUGUCUUUUUGAUCAUGGCCAAUUUGAUUUCGCUUCUUGCCCUUCUUUAUGCUUUUAACGGUUUCUUGACCUGGUUGGGUAAUUUUCUCACGAUCGAAAAUCUGACCUUACAAUUGAUUACUGGUUAUGUCUUUGUUCCUAUUGCUUGGUUAAUUGGUGCUGAUGAUAAAGAUCUCGUUACUGUCGGUCGAUUGAUGGCCAUCAAGAUUUGGGCUAAUGAAUUUGUCGCUUACAAAGAAAUGAUCACCACCUACAAGGGUCUUCUCUCAGUUCGUUCUCAGCUUGUGGCAACCUAUGCUCUCUGUGGUUUUGCCAAUUUUGGAUCUGUCGGUAUGCAAGUGGGUGUGCUGAGCACAUUGGCUCCAACUAGAUCAGGCGAUAUCUCGAGACUGGCUAUUUCUGCCUUGAUUUGUGGAUCAAUAAGUACUUGGCUGUCUGCCUCUGUUGCAGGCAUGCUUAAUUAA